UGGGGGAAUCAGUAUCACUGUACUGCAGUGACACUGAACUGGGAACCACCCCCCCUUACCAUCAGCAGCCAGGAAGUUGGAGUAGACACAGAAGUGAACCCUGGAGCACAAUGUAAAGAGGGAGAUGAGGAACCAGGGAGGGAGCCACUGGUGCAGAGAGGACAGCCCAGGAGGGAGGAGAGGAGGAUAUCUACUGCGGAUGCUGCCAGGAGGGCACAGCUCUGACAGAACUGACCACUAGGAUGCCACCAUGAUGACCAUGCACCUGUAUGCAGCACAGGCUGCCCCUGGCUACCCAAAAUCUGGGGCUGCUGGUCCUCCUGGCCCAGGCAUGCCCAGCCUCAGAGCUCGCCCUGAAGAGGCAGAAAUGGAGCCCUCAAUUCCUGGACCGUCCCCUUGGACCCCUUCAGCCCAGGCCUGUGUGAAUGAUGCUACCACCGCGACCCACACUGCAUCUGCAUUCUAUGAUCCACUCUACUGCAGUGACACUGAGCUGGGAAAACCCCCUCACCAUCAGCAGCCAGAUUGGGACACCAGGAUUGAGGGCAAGGAGUUUCUUCAGAAGGAAGAUGUUUCUGAGGAUUUAGAAUCAAAGGCAUAAACAUUAGAAAACUGUACCAGUGAUGUUUCCCUGGCACCUCAGCUUGGAGAACUCUGUGAGGACGUAUUAGAAAGAGACUGGGGAGUCCCUGAUGACACGAGCCAGGUGCAGUCCCUCUUCGGAGAGGAGGACCUCGCACCAGUGGCAGUGCUCCUUACCAGCCCCUUAGGGGAGGGAGAGAUGCACUGUGAUGAUUUUGAGAGAGACUUUAGCCGGAGCCAACACCCAGUGGCGUAUCAAGGAAUCUCUGGGCAAGAGAGGCCACAUCUGUACACGUGUGGCCAACACAGCAUGGACCUCACUAGCCACGAGGGUCCCCACACAGCUGAAAGCACCUUCAUAUGUAAUGAGUGCGGGAAAACCUUCAGAGGAAACACUGAUCUAAUUCAGCAUCAGAUCAUCCACACUGGACAGAAGGCCUUUGUAGGUAAUGAAUGCGGAAAAGCCCUCAGCCAGAAUUCAGUUCUUAAAAAUCAUGAGAGGUCUCCUGUGAGUGAACCCCACCAGUGCAGCGAAUGUGGAAAAGCCUUCCAUGUGCACUCAAACCUCAUUAGGCAUCAGGUCAGCCAUGGUGGAGAGAAGCCUUACGUCUGCAAUGACUGUGGAAAAGCUUUCAGCCAGAAUUCCAGCCUUAAGAAGCACCAGAAGUCUCACAUGAGCAAGAAGCCCUAUGAAUGCAGUGAGUGUGGGAAGGCUUUUAGGCGGAGCUCAAACCUUAUCCAACAUCAGAGAAUUCAUUCUGGGGAGAGGCCUUACGUGUGCAGCGAUUGUGGGAAGGCCUUUCGACGGAGCUCCAACCUCAUCAAACACCACAGGACUCACACAGGCGAAAAGCCUUUUGCGUGUAAAGAGUGUGGGAAGGCAUUCAGCCAGAGCUCACAUCUGAGGAAGCACCAGAGGGUACACACUGGAGAGAGACCUUAUGAGUGUAAUGAGUGCGGCAAGCCGUUCAGCCGGGUCUCCAAUCUCAUUAAGCAUCACCGGGUUCACACAGGAGAGAAACCCUAUAAAUGCAGUGACUGCGGGAAGGCAUUCAGUCAGAGUUCAAGCCUCAUUCAGCAUCGGAGAAUUCACACUGGAGAGAAGCCUCAUGUGUGUAAUGUGUGUGGAAAGGCCUUUAGUUACAGCUCAGUGCUCAGAAAGCACCAGAUAAUCCACACGGGAGAAAAGCCCUAUGAGUGUGGCGUCUGUGGGAAGGCCUUCAGCCACAGCUCCGCCCUCAUUCAGCACCAGGGUGUGCACACGGGUGACAAGCCCUACGAGUGUCAGGAAUGUGGGAAGACCUUUGGCCGCAGCUCUAACCUUAUCCUUCACCAGCGAGUUCACACUGGAGAGAAACCCUAUGAAUGUACCGAAUGUGGAAAAACCUUCAGCCAGAGCUCAACUCUCAUUCAGCAUCAGAGAAUCCAUAAUGGAUUGAAACCCCAUGAGUGCAACCAGUGUGGUAAAGCCUUCAACCGAAGCUCAAACCUCAUUCACCACCAGAAAGUUCACACGGGAGAGAAGCCAUACACAUGCAUUGAAUGUGGUAAGGGCUUCAGCCAGAGCUCACAUCUCAUUCAACAUCAGAUCAUCCACACUGGUGAGAGGCCCUACAAGUGCACUGAGUGUGGGAAAUCCUUCAGUCAGCGCUCAGUCCUGAUCCAGCACCAGAGGAUUCACACCGGAGUGAAGCCCUACGACUGCACGGCCUGUGGGAAGGCCUUCAGCCAGCGCUCAAAGCUGCUCAAGCACCAGCUGACCCACACCAGGGAGUGAAGCCAGCCCCCGACCUGCAGUGAGGCUCACUGCCUGCCCUCCACCCACAAUCUGUUCACAAAGCUGUGACCUUCCAGGCGGUGUUUUUCACACCCUUUCUCCCUCGUCCCUCCUGCCAUUGCAGCCACCUAAGGUGACCUUUCGGUUCUUUUUCGUUUUGUCUUUACAUGUUAUGAGCCAUGUUUGUUUGGAGGGAAAAGAUGAUAGAGGCUGCAUAUUUAUGAAGAAUUAAUUACUGUGAUCAAAUAUAACAAAAAAAGUAAAUAGGCAUUUGCUUCAAG